AGGUUCUUAAAACACAAGAAAGAUGUCUGACUUUACUUCGCAUAUUGCUAUGGAAUUCAUAGAGUUUUAAAAAUUCAUAUUGUAAUAAAUUCAACGCAGGAACGAAGGCUGUAAAUAAAAUUCACAUUUAACACAAAAAAAUGUUAUGGAUGUCACAGUUGGUACAUCAUUCCCGGGAUUUGUUUGCUGGGGCAUUUGGCAGUUGAAAAUUGACGAUUUCUUGUUAUUUAAAAAUAUAUAUUUAAGCAUUUGAUAGUUUGUGCAAUAAUGGAACGCAAAUCUAAGAGAAAUAAAGAGAAAAGACAAAAACGUAAAGAAGAAAAUGCUUGUCAGCCUACUUCAGAGAUAGUUUUGUACAAGGCAAAUAAUCAGGACGAUCCUAUGGCUCAUUUCUCAGAAUUCAGAAUAUUCGAAAAGAAUGGCAUUAAUGUCAAGCUUGAAUGCAAACGAUGUGGCUCCUUAGAUGUGGGUACAAUUCAUUGGAUCUUUGAUCUAGAGAAGAGGAAUAUGAAAGCUUUGUAUGAACAAUGUGAGUGGGGGUGGAAUGACAAGAUAAAGAAAGAAGAGAUGACAGACGACAAGGCAUGGUAUCUUAUUGCACGAACUACCGAACCAGAAUGCAAACCAGUUGCAUUUUCACAUUUUCGUUUUGAUAUGGACUAUGGGGAUGAAGUUCUUUAUUGUUAUGAACUACAAUUAGAGGAAGAGGUGCGCAGGAAAGGGUUGGGUAAGUUCAUGCUACAAGUAUUGGAACUGAUUGGGUUUUCUGCUGGCAUGAAGAAAGUAAUUCUUACAGUACUGAAACACAAUGCUGAAGCUAAAGCCUUCUAUACUGCCCUGAAGUACACAAUAGAUGAAACAUCCCCAGAGGAUAAUGUACUUGAACAAUAUUCUUAUGAGAUACUCAGCAAAGUGAACAAAAAGCUGUCCUCUUCUAGUAAAGUAUUAAUAUAAGAUGAGAUUAUCAAGUGAUUAAUUUGUUUUAAGAAGAAUGAUGCAAAGUGAAGAAGCUUUUGUUGAUAUAUAAUUUGAGCUUCAUAUCAAUGGUAUCACCUUGCUAUGACAAGUUUAAUUUUUAAUCAUCAACAAAUGUCUGUACUGCAGCAUUCUUUUGUUUUAUCAAGUUACAUUUCGGUUCAUUUUUUGUCAGUGUUCACUAUAAUUUCACUGCUUUAAUGUUAUAUAGACUCGCUAUCACAUUUAACAACAUAUUUUAAACAUCAAUUGGUUAUUUUUCAAACAGGAAAUGUUUCUCCUGUUACGUUGGCUUUACACAUACAAUGAAAUGCCAGUAAAACUGUAUCUCCAAAGUAAAGUAAAGUAAAGCAUGCUCAAGUGAGUUGGGGGAUAGUUUUUUCAAUGUCUUGCUCUAUAUUAUGAUUCACUUGCAGUGUUUUAGUAUACCAAGUUGACAUGUUUCAUUUCUUGUACUGUUUACUAUGAUAAUUAGCAUAAUUUAAUCAACAGAUGUUAGAUAAAAGUUUGUUAAGACAUUAUGAACCAGUAUUGAUUAAAAUGUUCUUAUGAGUGGUAUUGUUAAAGUUAGAUUUAAAAUAAAUUUUCCUACUGUGAUAUUAUUCCAUCACUUGUCUUCAUUUAAGAGAUGUUACAGAAUGGAAAGUUUCCCGUUUCCAAUAGCACCUCUAGGUGCAACAGCCGAUGUCCUUACAUACAGUGAAAAGCCAAUAAAUGGUUAUUUGAAGUCAGGUGAGUAUUGAAAAAAUAUAUCUGUAAAGUUAAAUACCUAACAGUAAUAAUGAUAGCCAGAAUAAUAGUUUAAGCAAACUCAAAAGCUAAGAAAAAUUAAAAUAUUCCCUAUACAGAGCAUCUACUGUUAUUCAAUGAUCUGUAAAUCUCUCGGCAUUUUAGACAACAAUCUUAUGCGUAUAAUUAAGUGUUAUUUAUUCUAUAAAUGUUAAUAUAGCCACUAAUGAAAUGUAUACAGGCAAUCAACAUAGGUGAAGAGGUCUGCUUAGGUAUAGUUAGUUUAAUAAUGUACAUGCACCAAGGAUCAUGGUUAAUGGGGUCAUUCAGUCUUGUGACUUUCAGUAUCAGUUAUUAAGUUGUUUCAGAGAUAAGAGGUUAGAAAAUAAGAGUUUGGAGUAGUGACCCAUGACACAGUCCAUACCAAGUUUUAUGAGUUUCCAUCCAGCCAUUCUCUAGCUAUUAAAUAUAUACAGAUAUGUAUAUAUUUGAGGUGGAAUUGGUUUGCAGUUCACAUUGUUAUCAAACUAAAUGUCACAUGUUUGGGAUGGACUAUGGUAUUAAACAUUCCAAUGUGAGGACGACCUGGCAACUCAGUUUUCUAUAGCAGUACCCAUUAUCUAUUACUCCGUUCUAAAAUGUUGCUAAUGUUAACUUUUUUCUUUGAAUAGUCUGUUCACCAUACAUACAUACACCUUUACAAUAAUACAUAAUUUGGAGUGCUGUAAGUUAUUGAACUGUAUUUUAAUGUGAUGCCAUAAGGGAAAUAUUGAGAAACAUUGACUUAUUCUGUUAACCCUUAUGCUGCUACAUUCUACUUUAGUCAGAUUCCUGUGCAUACUGCAACAUUUGAUUCUACUCCCUUAGUUAUGAUAUUGUGAUAUUGUUGGGCUGCGAUCUAAUUUGAACAAUUUAAAUUUGUCAAUAAUGUUGCAGGGAUGCUAUUGCAAGUUUGAUUUUGACACUUGUGGCAUAUCUCAAUUUUAAGUGGUUAUACAAGUUUGUAAAAAGUGUAUUGUAUGUUAUAUAUACUGAGUAUAUAAUUGGUGUGUUGGUAA